AUGUCAGUCGUGGGCUUUGAUUUUGGCAAUGUAAACAGCUUCAUCGCUGUCGCGCGUCAAGGUGGUAUUGAAACUAUCACUAAUGACUAUUCGUUACGUGCUACACCGUCAUGUGUGGCUUUUACUUCUAGAGGACGAGUGAUGGGUGUUGCUGCACGGCAACAGUUGAAUACCAACAUCAGAAAUACUAUCAUUAAUUUCAAACAUUUGCUGGGCCGGAAAUUCACCGAUCCAGUCACACAGAAAUAUAGGAAUUUCAUACCAUGCGAUAUGAUUCAGUUGCCGAAUGAUGAUAUUGGAUUGAAGAUAGAAUAUUUCAAUGAAGAACGUAUAUUGACACCGGAGCAAGUAGUGGCAAUGUUUUUAGUCAAACUGAAAGACAUCACAGAAAAUAAUUCUCCAGGCAUCAGAGUCGUGGCAGACUGUGUUAUUUCGGUCCCAUUCUAUUUCGCUGAUGUCCAGCGUCGUGCUUUGCUGACAGCUGUGCGAAUAGCUGGCUUGAAUUGCUUACAAAUUUUCAACGAAACUACAGCUGUAGCUCUCGCAUAUGGCAUAUAUAAACAAGAUCUACCAGCAGAAAAUGAAUCUCCAAGGAUUGUGGCAUUUGUUGACAUAGGACAUUCUGCUGCGCAGGCUACUCUUGUUGCGUACAACAAGAGUAAACUUGUUAUGCUUGGUUCUACCUAUGAUCUCGAAGUUGGUGGUCUAGCUUUCGACGACAUUAUACGAGAUUACUUUUGCAAGCUAUUUCGUGAAAAUUAUAAAAUUGAUGCGUCAAGUAACAAACGAGCUUGGUACCGGCUUUUGGAUGAAUGUGAAAAGAUUAAAAAACAGAUGUCAACCAAUAGCACGGCAAUACCGUUAAAUAUUGAAUGUUUUAUGAAUGAUAUGGAUGUCACUGGAAAAAUGCAACGUUCUCAGUUUGAGGAGCUUGCUGAACCACUUUUGGAUAGAGUACGUAUUUUACUAACAAACUUGUUGAAAGAAUGCGGAAAAAAGGCGGAAGAAAUAGAAUCAGUUGAAUUAAUUGGUGGUACAUCUCGGAUUCCAGCCAUUAAAAGAAUUACAGCUGAAGUAUUUGGUAAAGAACCGAAAACCACAAUGAAUCAGGAUGAAGCUGCAGCCCGAGGUGAAACUGUUAAAAAAUUUUUGAUUUGUUUUAAGUUUUGA